AUGGACAACAUGUCGAGCUCACAUGCUGUACUGUCAUGGUUUGACUCCCGCUGGGGGUCCAGCCGGGGUGAGAAUACCUUUUGGGAAAUAACCUGGCUUUACUGGUACCAGAAAGAGAUAAUCCUCCUCGGCAGAGGGGAUAUGAAUUAUUCUCAUUCUCUUUCUCGUUGGUAUCUUCAUGGUGUCUGUUUUAUUGACUAUGAUGAUGAUGAUGAUGGUGAUAUUAGUGAGGAUGUUUAUAAUGGUGGCAUUAAUUACGCGGAUGACUAG